AUGAGCAACUGGGCAGGCGCUGUGCUCUUCAUGCGGCUGAUUGGCGGCGUGCGGCACGACAGGACGACCCAUCUGAGUUAUGGCAAGCGCUGGUCUGGGAUGCUCGAGAAGCUGCGCUCGAUGAGUGCAGAGUUGCGGCCAGGACAGGUCCUGAGAUUCAACACCCUGUCGCAGUGCUUGCCGACGAUAGAGGAAUUGACCACCACCAUGGAGGCGAACGCUCGCGAGGGAGGCUUCUCGACCGUGGUCGACCGUCAUCCUGAGACCCCUGCCGAGUUCGCCCUUGAGCAACGCGAGCUCGAGGGCCCCGACGGAGACUGGAAGCAGCUGAGAGGCCAUCCGGUGUCUAACUGCCUAUGUGGAUUGGACCCAGAGCCUGGAUGCCCUGGAGAGAUUGGCGCGACGGAGGUGGUCGGUGCCAUCAUCCCCGAGUUGCAAGAUCAGAAGUUCCCAUUGCAGCGGCGCGCAGAGGGUGCGGUGGAGGUCCGCGCGGGCGGGGAGAAGGCAUCUGUUCUGCCCCGCGUCGCGGAGCUGGCAUGGCGCUACGGGGGGCGACGAGCCCACGGACGAGACAUAUGCAUCGACGACGAGAUCCAGAUGAGUGCAAUCGAGAGUCUGGAGCCGCAGGACGCGGAGAUGCACCUUGCCCUGAACUGUGCCCGACUCCAGGACUACCCGUCUAUGCGCGAGGAGCAUCAGGCCGGCGGGUGCAACCAGUCGGCUGCCACUCUGAGCUUCGACGCCGUCGAGCGCGUCUUCGACCUGAACAGCGCAGAGGGUGAGCAUAGCGAGCCCGACGGCAGCUCCUACCGCGCUGCCACGGGCGAGAUUGCUGAAGACGCGGGCGGCGUCGGCAUCGACGGAGUGACGGAGCGCGGCGAGAGCGUGUCCCUGAUGGGGCAGGGCCGCUUUACCUGGAUUGGCGCCUUGGGUAGCUACAUCCUGAAAGACAGCGAGUCCACCAAGAAGAUCCACCAGAUGAUCGACAAGUGGAUCAACGCGAAGUAUCGGAUCAUGCUGCGUGUAGAGAUGGGCUCGAAAUUUGCCGCGCAGCCCGAGGAUUCGGAUUACCUCGCCAGCUACAUGCUGAACCGCGCGAAGGCGCAGACCCGACACCAAGACGAAGCUGUCCUACUCGUCUGCGAUUCUUGUUGUGAAAAGACCACUUUCUUCCUGAUCAAGAUCCUGGCGGGUUUCACCCUGCGCCUUUGCUACCGCGGGCCCAUCUUCGCGAGCGCCGGGGCGCCCGCGAUCGCGGCGCUCAAGCCGGUCGCUGGAGCACCGAUAGAGGAGCGCGCGAAGACUGGGAACUUCCUGGGCUACCAUACGCGGACGGGGGCCCUGCCCGCCACGGCGGUUGACGGCGCGGAGAUGGCCCCAGGUUUCGAGAAGUUGCCGAAGGAGCAGGUCUGGGGCGGCAAGGCGAGGCGGCGCCGCGACGUGGGGAAGUACGGAGCUACUUCAGGUCGCCCCGGGCUUCUGGUCUUGACGGAGAAGGGCAAGACUUCGAAGUCACACGGCGAGGAAUGCCGCGACAGGGUCGCGGAGCUGAUGAUGAGUGACCCUCAGACGCAAAUUCAUGUGGAGGACCUGGUCGACGCACCCAUGCCUCAGGUUUCGUCAGCGAGUUCGGCAUCUGCAGCGGCGUCGGCUACGAGACCGAGCUCGACGCAAGACAGACCAACGAAUUUAAAUCUGCUAGAGAAGAUCAACGGCUACGACACGGGCGGCAUGUUCGCCAUUAUCUACGAGGUGGUGGUACUUGAGAUUCGCUCGUACGCCAACGCCGACAACAACGAUCAGCACGCGGAGCAGCCUGAGGACAUCGCGUCGCAAUUCACCCAGAUGUGCGCUGUAGACAUCACGGAGAUCUACUCGCCAAGAUGGUUCGCUGAGAUGGCGCUAAGGUACGGUCUCACCUCCGGCCUGGUGGUGGUGACAUCUAGACAUGAUGGGAUCUACGACUGUCUGAGCAACGCAAGGAGCUUCGACGACGCGAAGGGCAUACCACCCUGGCAGCUCUUCGCGGCGGACCCCAUCCGCGCGAGGUGUACAGAGGUGCUUGCUGAGUACCAGGACGACUACGUCAUAGACAAUCUCACGGGCGACGUUCUCAACUCCGAGGGCGCGCAAGCUGCGAGGCAGGAGGAACUGGGGCGGAAGGCAAUGGUGACUAUCUUCGCAGGAUGCGUGAACAACGCCAACCACGAUGGCGACGCCGAGGAGAUCAUUUACAAGUUUUACGACAUUUUGAGGGCGCACUUCUACGGCGACGAGAAUCGCGGGGUGUACGCGGUCGCCGGCGCCCUGAGCAGCAAGCCGCUGAAGGAGCAGAGCGCGGUGCACCUCAACCGGGUGUUGGUCUGGAACCCGUUCGAGCGUUCGGCGUACUUCGAGGCAGACACCAUGCACGUGAAGAAGGUGAUCAGGGACCUGGGCCCUGGGGGCGCGAAGGAGUUUGCCGCGUCGGCUGUUAAGAGGUCGGGGGCGGAUGCUCUGAACCACGACCGGACCUCGCCGAAGCUGGAUGACGAGAAGACCGAGACCUUCCGCAACGUGACCAUGCGGAGUUUGCAGCCGAGCAUGGACAGACCCGACAUCAGCUGCAACGCGGGCAUGCAGGCCAGACAUAAAAGGGAGCGGAAGGGAACCAACAUGGAAGACCUGAAGCGCAUCGGCCGCUACUUGCAGAAGUACCCCGACGGAAGGUUGCUGUUGCCCGCGCAGAGGGCGCCGACGAAGGUGCGCGUCUACUUCGACAGCGACUGCGCAGGUGGCCCGAUUUACGAGACCUUCUCGAAGCGGAAGCGGGGGCUGCACGACGCCUGGACGUUCGAUUUCUUUGGCUGCAAGAACGGCACUGGGACCCUGCGGGCCCUGUUCACCAAGGCCUUCGACCAGGACGCGAUGCAGCGGUUGCUGAAGCUGAUUUGCUUCACGAUGAAGACCGGAACCGACGUGCUCCCGCGCAUGUCAGACAAUUGGUCGCGGUUGGUCGUCCGCUUUUCCAGCGACGAGAGCGCAGACCGCGCGCUGCAGGCCCUGAGGUCCGGGCAGAUCUGGAUCGACGGGCUGCCCCUGGCAGGCGAGUGGAGGGGUACCACUGCCCCGAAGAGGCGGGACGACAGGCCCGCCGAGGGCAAGGGCGCCGGCCGAGAGGAGGCGCGGGAGUCUGGCCUGGAGAUGACCAGCCGCGACUUCCUCCCUGGAGGCCAAGCGUGCACUCAGGAAAUCGCAGCCGCGACGAUCGCGACCGUGACGACCGCCGCAGAGAUCGCCGCGGUUCUGACGACCGCGACCGAGACCGCCGACGGCGUGAAGAUCGUAGUCGCAGCAGAGAUCGAAAGAGGGCACGCUGACGCACCGACCGGCGGCAGGCUCUGGGCGGCCCGCGGGAAAUGCCGGAGCGCGCUAGGGGCAGUGCCGGAGCUGCGCUUCGCCUGCCCCGCCCGCCGCCUGUCCGUGCCGGCGCUCGCGCGACGGGGCGCCGGGUGGCGCGCCGGGCUCGGCGUCGCCGUCGCCAGCUCGGCUUGCCCAGCGGCGUCCGUCUGGCCGCCCGAGGUCGCGAUGCUGGAGCUCGUCUGGCUGCUCGCGGUCGCGGUGCUGGAGCCCGUCGACCCCCUGGCUUCCAGGGCGGACUUGGGGGGCCACCUCGAGACGGGGGGGCUGUCCAGGCACGGCGUCGCCUUGAGCGCCUUGGUUUCCGUCGACCUGGCCGCCCGCGGUUCGAAGUUCGGCCCGCUGGUCUCUGGCGCUGCCAGGGCCCCCCGCGCCGCUGAGGACGCAACCAGGUUCUGCAGGGGCGCCGCGGAGCGCGGCGAGAACGGGGGAAAGGUCCAGGCCAGCAAGUUCCCGUUGCUGGUGCAGUUUGUAUUCGGCGCAUCGGUACCUGACCUUUCUCUCUUUGAUAGCCUUCCCGACCUCUGGGAAUUCGUUUUCGUCUUCAGCGUCGAGGUCCUCGAAAGCUGCCUCGACCAGCGCGUCGUCAAUCGCCGAGGCCCGCGCGCGGUGGACAAGGGUCAACCAGAAACGACCUCCGCACUGGGCGACUUGCAGAGCUGGCACGAGCUGAAUGAAACGGGCCGCGCCCGGGCUCGCAGGGUUCUCCGCGCGCCGACGCCGCAGGCGUUCGCGGCCGACUUCCACUUGCGCAGGGACCAGGAUCAGGGCCGACCGAAGGAAUGGGGAAGACGAUGGAUCAACGGCUUGCCUGAGCCGGUCACCAAGUACAUCCUCGCGGUUCCCAGACUCAGGCUGCUCUUCUGCUUCGUCCCGAAGAACGCCUGCACGCAGUUCGCCAGGAUGAUCAACGCCCUGAAUGGCAUCGAGGAGAGAGCGAAUACUCACACGCUGGAUCGGCGGACUACCACCACGACCACUACCACUACUGCUACUACUACGAGUACGACUUCUACGACGAGAACUACGAUUCUCACACUUGGGCCGUUCGGUCCCUCAAACAUGUUCCUUAAUUGUAAUAUUCGGCACUGGCGUAUAGCACCUGAGGACCCUCGAUUUGGUGUCUAUCGGCAUGGUGGCGAAUAUUGGGCGAUCUUGGACCAGGCUGGCCAAUUCAAGAUGGACAUGAUGAAGAGCCAGGGUUGGACGAAGGCAGUCUUCUUGCGGGACCCGCUGGACCGGGUGGUCUCCGCGCAUCGCUCGAAGUGUUACCCACGCCACGAAUGUGGUGGGUGCCCGGGCGAGAACUUCAGCGAGAUGGUGUUGGAAAACUUGUCGACCACCAGCAACGACCAUUUUCUGCCACAGUUCAACUUCUGCGGCACGCCGGAGACGGGCGGCCUGGGCAGCACGAUCGAGGACUACGACUUCGUGGGCUACAUCUCGAAGAACCACUCGGAGGUCAACCGGCAGGUGAAGGAGAUGCUGCGCGCGGCGUGGAGACGGCGCGAGCAGCUGAACCAAGAGCUUGACCUCGAGUUGCCCAAGCCGCGGCCGGUCGCCGUCGCGGACUACUUCCCUGUCGACCACGCCGUAGGACCGAAUGGCAUGCACCAUAUCAAUGAAGAUGAGUUCAGCAUGCUGGACUACUGGCGGCCAGACACGUUGACCAAGGCGCUGCAGUACUACGGCAGGGACUACGAGCUGCCGGGGCUCGAGGUGCCCGCGUGGGCGGUGGGACCGCAGGGCUUGCUGCCGCGCGCGCCCGGGCCGCCGGCCUGA